AUGGCCCCAGUACCUAUUCCUUGCACAGUGUGUCCGGUCAGCAACUAUAGUAUCCACUGUGCGAGACAUGCCACGGGCUUCCAUCAUGAACUGGGCCAGCAAAAGGAGUCUGACAGCAUCCUGAUAAGGCUAAAGAUAUACAAUUUAGUAGCAAGAGUCUUGACAAAGGGCUAUUACUUUUCAGAAAUCAUGACGGGUAUGGGCUUGUCCGUAGCACUGAAGAUGGCUCAUUCACCUGCACCAAGCUAUUUGUCCCUGACCGUUGCGAUCGUCCUCGCAGUUUGGCUCUUCUCUUCGAAAAGGAUUAAGCAAACCCGACUCAGCACAACCGCCGCUCUUGUGUCAUAUAGGCUGCCAUUCGGGAUUGACUGCGCCGUCCGUGCCGUCUACCAGCUCUUGAACUAUAACUUUGUUGAAUGGACGCAAAAUGUGCUCGAAGAGAAUGGACGAACCGUCGAAUUGCACCUGGCUGGUGCUAGAUUGGUGCUGACGGACGACUGCGAGAAUGUCAAGGCAAUAAUGUUCAGCCAGGUUGGCCGUACGGCUCAACUCUAUGCAAAGAGGGUUGACCCUAAGUCCCCUAGUUCUCAGACUUGGAAAGGGGAAAUUUACACACGAGGUUUUUGCCAGCGUGUUUGGAGACUCGGUAUUUGGCAGUACGCCUCUCUUGCGAGCUCGAUCCCCGUGUUAUCGGCUGCUAACGUCGUUCGUUCACCCCCUGGCAGCCGAUGGGAAGGUCUGGAUGGACAAUAA